AUGCGCGAAGUCAACUUCAGCAUCCCGAAUGCCAACAAGGCCUCGGUCGGCAUCACCACAGCCCUCUACGACCGCCGCGCCCUCGACUGCACAUCGACCCUGCCGCUCAUCAACUCGCUCAACCACCUCGCCUACCUCACCACAUCGUCGGCCCGCAUACGCGACAUCCUGACCGUCGAUGGCGGCAUCGAACGCCUGAUAUGUAUCCUCAAAGAAGGCCGGAGCAAGGACAUGAUGGACAUGUGGAAAUGGAACCUCGCCUUCCAGUGCAUCUUCAACAUCGGCGUACGCGGCUCCGAGAGCGUCAGGACGCGUGUUGUCGAGGCCGACAUGGUGCCCGUCAUUGCCUCGAUUCUCGACAAUUACAUCAAGGUUGUCGACAAGAUGCGGGCCAGAGCAGAGGCCGAGAUGCACAAGUCGUCGCGCCUGGGAACCUCGAGCCGCCACCACUCAUCACGCACCGGCGAAGCUGCCUCCAGCUCCGCCCACCGAACAGACCGGUCACGACGCAUCAUCCCCCCUCCCAUCGAGAUUCCCCGGCCCCUCGACGCACCCCUGGCCGAAACUACGCCCGUCCCGACCUUCUCACUGAGCUCACCACCAGAGCGCACCACCUUUGCCCGCGGCCGCCCUCCUCACCACCAUCACCACCGCAGCCACGAGAGCCGGGCACAGCUAUUUGGCGCUCCAGCCAACAACACACGCAACCUCACCCAGCCCUUGGUCACUGCCCUGCCUUCCAUGGACACAGCACCCGACGCCUUCACCCUACGCCCCGUGCGAGAUGCCGACCGUCUACCCUCGAUGCUGCCUGCCCUACAGGGGGAGAUGACCUCCCAACCAGAGUCACCCACCACGCCAAGUGCCCCGCAAGCACGUCAGACCAGCCCAAGAGCGGGGCUGGCCAGAACCCGUCGCCGGCCAUCCAUUCGACACCAGUUAUCCGUCUCUGGCGAGUCGGAUCUCGAAGCGCCGCAAGACGACAUGUCGGCAGAAGCUCCCACUGCGGCGGGCCCGGCUGUAAACGAACCAAUCGUAGGCAUCCAAAACAACGAGAUUAACAUGGCCGAUAUUGUUGGCAACGCAGAGAUGCUCGAUGCAGGCAACACUCCCGUUCCCAUUGCAGCACCUUCCGAGGGUACCGACGAAAACAACGAGACCUUCAACAUUACCCACCGCCCAGCCCUCGAUGGCAGCAUCAUCAAUCCCACAAACACCCCGCCCAACAACCCCAUUACCGGCUUCUCUCCUCUGCCCCCGACCAUCAACGUUGUAAACACCAACCCCCCACCACCAUGGUACCCACGCUAUGCCCAGGAACGCAAUGCCUCGGCUAGUGUACUGGCUGCCAUGCCCCGUGACGAGGAUGUCCUCAUGUCUCUGCAGCUUCUGGCCUACGUAUCAAAGUACUGCAACCUACGAUCCUACUUCCAAAAGUCUCAUCUGGUACCCAAGCUCAAGAUUGGCAUUGAACUUUUGGAUGGCGAGGCGUCCACUCCAAAGGCUGCUGACGAGGAGGAGGAAGAGCUCGAAGAGUAUGAACUCCCCGACGACUUCAACAUCUUCCCUCUUGUCGAGCAAUUCACCGUCCGCCACCACACAUCAGACAUGCAAUACUGGGCCAGUGUUGUCAUGCGCAACCUCUGCCGGAAAGACGACUCCCGUGGAGGCAUCCGGCAAUGUGCAUACUACCAAUGCGGACGCUGGGAAGAGUACACGCGCCAGUUUGCAAAGUGCCGCCGCUGCCGGAGGACAAAAUACUGCAGCAAAGAGUGCCAGAAGAGCGCGUGGGUCUUCCACCGCCACUGGUGUGUGGCCGCUACCUAG